AUGAAUGUGGUUCAAGUUGACGACAAUGAAAGUCAUAUUAAACUUAUAAGAAUGAGGCGAACGCGAUUCCCUGCUUGGAACACGACGAGUACGAGUCGAGAAUAUGGAAGACUUUUGGGUGAAUUCGAAGGUUAUGCUCACGAUAUAGAAGGAGUUGUUUAUGCCGUCGACGACAGCACGCUUUUCAUAAAAGGAUUCACGUACGACGGCACGGCUCCGGAUGCUUUUUUUUGGACGGGUAAAACUCCGCGGCCCAACCCGGAUGGUAUCAUUUUACCCCAUCCGGAAAAUUACACUGGAAGGGAUCCACCCAUACUCAAAAGUUAUAAUCACGAAGAUGUCAUACUUCGACUUCCGGUCGGCAAAAAACUCCGAGAUAUGAAAUGGUUGAGCAUUUGGUGCAGACGAUUCACGGUUAAUUUCGGAGAAGUUUUAUUUCCGAAAAAUUUAGAGCCCCCCAAAGCGAGACUUUUGCCAGAAUUUAAAAGGUUGGCACACGGUCUCAGGAGUGGAAACAUAACGAUAUUGGAUUCGAAAACGUUUUACAUUCCCAAUCUUCACUACGACGGAGCCGGUCCCGAUGCUUAUUUUUGGGUCGGUAACGGUACCGAACCCACGCCAUUUGGAAUCAAAGUACCCAACGAAAUGAAAAGCCUUUCACCGUUGAGAGGAUAUCAAGGGGAAGACAUUGAAAUUGUUUUGCCUGGAAAUUUGACCGUUUACGAUAUCGAUUGGUUGGCUGUUUGGUGCGUCGAAUACAAACAUAAUUUCGGACACGUUUUAAUACCCAAAGAUUUGGACGUACCUCCGGCUGUUGGACAAACGAAAAUCACGACGACAACCACAACCGAGCCCAAACAUGAGAGGUAUUCAAAUUGUAGAGAAUUAUUGGACGAACGUCUUCAAGUUCAGUGGGAAUUGCAAGGGGAUUGGGUACAAAUACAAUUGGCAGCUAGAAUACGAGAUGACCAAUACAUGUCUUUCGGAUUGUCCGGUGAAUCCGGACGAAGCUCGAUGGUGGGCGGUGACGUUGUCGUCGCUUUUUACGACACGGAUAGAGGAGCGUUCAGAGCAGAAGAUUAUUACAUGUCCGCCACUGCUCAGUGCGAUGGAAAAAACGGAGUUUGUCCCGAUACCAGGAUCGGUGGAAGAAACGAUAUAGUUUUAGCAAGCGGUGAAAAGAAAAAUGGCGUCACUACGAUUGUUUAUCGACGAUUGCUUCAAACCAAUGAACCUAUCAACGAUCGACCCAUACCGCGGGAUAGAGAAGUUAACGUCAUCGCCGCCAUAGGUCCGUUAAACAGUAGAAAAGAAGCAAACGCUCACGGAAUACCGGACAAAACGACAGAUGAUAUUCGAAUAGAUUUCAGCAGCAGAUUCGAUCACACUUGCACAACGUCUUUGUAUAACGUCCGAGACGAAGAAGUCAUCAAACCUUGGCCGGCAAAUGUCAUAAUCGGUGAAAAAGUUUUUUCGGUUCGUAUCGGUCCCACCGGCGGUAAAAGAGGAUACACUCCCAUCACGGGGCAUCCCUCUUGGGGCAUUGCUUGGUGGCUCAACGACAAACUCAUACCAGAAGUAUACGUCGAAAGAGGUCAAACGUACACUUUCGUGGUCGAGGGAGGCAACGACAGAACCAAUCCUGCCAGGUAUCAUCCGUUUUACAUAACCGACAGCAAAGAAGGAGGUUUCGGUCAGAAAAGAGAGGAUCAACAAAGGCGGCAAAGAGUUUUUGCCGGAGUGAGCUACGAUGCGGAAGGUUAUCCAUAUCCGACGGCCGCCGGACGUUAUUGCGAAUGGGCUCAUAAAACGGUGGAUCAAUCCGCAGUCACGCCAACAUUCCAAGAAUAUAUAAAAACGUUAAGAUUGAUGUGCGACGAAGGACAACCGGCUUAUUUGAAUUGGACGGUUGCUCCGGACACUCCGGAUUUGGUUUAUUAUCAGUGUUACACUCAUAAUAAUUUGGGUUGGAAAAUACACGUGGUGGAUCCAGGAUUUCAAUCGCCACAGCUCAACGAUGCCAUGAAAACAUCAUCACAAACGAGUCUGAUUGUGAUUGUUUUCAUAUCCGCCAUUUUGAUCGGUAUGACGCGGUGA